AUGUCAAUUAAUAGUUAUUUUGAAUUAACAUUUUAUCUUGUUUCAAAAUAUGUUGAUUCAAUAUAUCCAACAAAAUCAGGUUUUAAAACAAUUCAAACAACAAAUGAUAAAAAAUUAAAACAAUUGGAAUUAUAUAAUAAAGAUGAAAAAUUUCUUAUUUUAAGUUUUACAGAAAUAAGUAAUGUUCAAUCAUUAAUUAAUUUAUUAAAUCUUGAUGGUAGAUUAGAUAAUGCUUUAAUAAAUUGGGAAUGGUUUGAUUUAGAUGAAAUUAAAUUUCCCAUAAAUUCAAUAGAUGAAUUAUCAAAAGAUUUAAUUGAUAAAUUUAAUAAAAAAUUUAGAUUAAUUGUUGAUGAUGAAAAAUUAAAUUCAAUAUUUGAUAAUCCAAAUACUAGAAAUAAAGUUGCAGAACAAGAGCAAGGUCCAAUAGUUGAAGAACAUACUGAUUCAGAAAGUAAUUAUGCAAAAUCUCCAACUCCUGAAGUUCCUUAUCAUCCAACAAAUCCAGUUAUAUCAGGUGGUAAUCCAUCUGCUUCUGCUGCAUCAACAACUAAUCAAGCAUUUACAAGAAAUAGACCUUCUGAUAUGCCUGAUUUUGAAGAUGAAUAUGAAAUAAAAGAUCCUGGUGCUCCAACUCAUGAUACAUUAGGUCAUUCAACUCAUUUACCACCAAUAGGAUCAGAUGAUUUAAAUCCUCCUGGAAUACCGUCAGAUCCAACUUUACGAGGUUAUUUAGAUCCAUUACAACCUCCAAAUUCAAAUAAUAGUGGUGGAGGAAUGUAUCCAACUUCAAAUCAUCCUAUCUUCGGUUCACAACAACCAGGUACAAGUGGUCAAAAGGGAGUACCACCGGGUGCAAGAUAUGAUGAUCCUUAUUCUGAAGAUAAUUUAGAUAAUUUAGGUCAAGGUUUACCAUCAAAUCUUAGAGGUCCUGGUGGUGCACCUUUUGAUCCAAAUCAAGGUCCAGGAGGUCCUGGUAAUUUUGGUAAUUUCGGUCCUCCAGGUGGUGGAGCACCAGGACUUUAG